AUGUCCAAAGUCGUUAUUUUGUUCAUUUUGGCCUUUGCCACUACAGGAAUUUUUUGCGCAGACUCAAAUGUACCGGCCGUUUUCAAAGUUAUAGCCAAAUCUUUAAGGGCGUCAUGUCUUGCUGAAACUGGAGCUGACGAGGAUAUUGUGAACGCUGUUAAUAAGGGCGAAUUUGUGAAUGAUGAGAAGAUGUGGUGUUAUUUAAAAUGCAUUUUUAAGAAAAUGGGAACGAUAAAAGGUGAUACCAUUGAUACUAAGAAACUUGCCAACGGUUUUCCGGAGAAGAUCAGAGGUACUUAUGCGCCCGGCAUCAAACAUUGCAAAGAUAAUGCUCCAGUUGGUGCUGAUAUUUGCGAAACAGUUUUCCUGUUUAACAAAUGCUUGUAUGAGCAUAAUCCAGAGAUAUAUUUCAUCUUUUGACAGCCUAUUUUUGGAUAUUUCGAAUAUGAUUUGGAUAAUUCGUAAUUACAUUAAAUUUAGUGUUUUAUUCUUUAUAUACUAUAGACAUUUUAUGCUUUUCU